AUGUCUGUCAUCGGUGGACCUCAAGUCAAAACGCGUUUCUUUCAAAUUGCUUCAGUUGCAGUGUUUCUGCUCUCGGCAAGUGCGCAAAACAGCACAACACCGCCCGCCAAUGCCUCCAUGUCAAUGAUCCCCACCAAUGGCGCCGAGCUCGUUCCUUCAGGGCAGAACUACUCCGGCAACAUCGAACCCAUCCCGUGGUCUACCCGUCCAGAGGUCUACGACCACACCGGCAAUGCCGUGCGCCACGGCCGAGCAAGACUCAACAUGAUCAGGGUGCACUACUACACUGCUGGAUCGGGACCCCCGCUGCUUCUUGUUCAUGGCACACCCAAGACAAACUACUACUGGUACAAGCUUGUUCCGCUGUUGAGCCAGCAUUACACUAUCGUGGCGCCGGACUUGAGAGGGUUUGGGUAUACAGAUAAGCCUGGAGCCGAGAUGGGAUAUGAUAGUCGUACAAACGCGAAGGAUCUCGCUGAUCUGAUGACUAUGCUUGGACACAGCACAUUCUACGUGCACGGAGAAGACCGCGGCGCAGAGUUCGCCUACGUGCUCGCAGCCGAGUACCGAGACCGUGUGCUUGCGCUCUCCUUUGGCGAGAUGCUCCUUUCCGGCUACGGUCUCGACAAUGCGUCUCAAUUCACCGAGUCGAAUGUUAUGCUUCAGUAUGAGCAGCGUGGUGUGUGGACUUGGCAUAUCCCCUUCUUUUACAUGAUCGAUGUCGCGACUAUGCUUAUCACCGGCCAUGAAGAGGAGUUCUGGACGUACUUCAUGGAGGCUGAGUGCUAUAACCCAAUUUCUCUCAGUCGACAGGCGAUUGCGGAGUGGACUGGGUUGGCGAAGGGUCCUGGUGGCUUGAGGGGAAUACUGGAAACGUACAGAGCUGGGCUGGUCAAUGGCCAAAUAAACCACGAGCUUGUGCCGAACAAGCUGGCUAUGCCGGUCAUGACAAUUGGGUCUCCGGAGUUCUUCGGUUCUUUGGUCAAGCCGGAAAUGGAGAUGGCUGCAAAUAAUGUGACGCAGAGUUACAUCUUCGAGGAAUGUGGCCACAGCCUCGCUUUGGAAGCUGAGGUGAGGCUUGCAGAUGCAUUGCUGGGAUUUUUCGGACAGUAG